GUGGGGGAAUCGAUUUCAAGAUACCGAUUCGCGGAUCGAUCCCGGGGGAUGCUGCCACUUCUACCGCGGUGCGGGCGGUCGCUGCUGCUGCUGCGAGGCUACCCGGCGAGGAGGUUAAUUUCCAGUCACAUGACCAUGACGGCCUCGGUGGCCGUGAGAUCCGUAGCUGAGGACGUUGUGAAGUCGGUGGAGGAUCGGAGGGAGUAUCGUGGCCUUGAGCUGAAUAAUGGCAUGCGUGUUCUCCUCGUACGGGACCCAAGCACAGACAAGGCCUCGGCGGCACUGGAUGUACACAUCGGUUUCUUAUCGGACCCCGACAACAUCCCUGGACUGGCUCAUUUCUGCGAGCACAUGCUUUUCCUGGGAACGAAGAAAUACCCACAGGAGAAUGAGUACAGCCAGUUCCUGAACGAGCAUGCGGGCAGCUCCAAUGCUUUCACCAGCGGCGAGCACACAAACUUCUACUUUGAUGUGUCGCACGAGCACCUGGGCGGCGCCCUUGACAGGUUUUCCCAGUUCUUCCUGUGCCCACUCUUCGAUGCAAGCUGCAAGGAUCGCGAGGUCAAUGCGGUGGACUCGGAGAACGAGAAGAACCUCAUGAAUGACUCCUGGAGGCUCUUUCAGCUGGAGAAGUCGACUGGAAACCCGACUCACCCGUUCAGCAAGUUUGGCACAGGAAACAAGAACACGCUCUCGACCAGACCUUCGGAGCUCGGAUUAGAUGUCAGAGAUGAACUGUUAAAAUUUCAUUCCAACUAUUACUCAUCCAACCUCAUGUCACUCUGCGUGCUUGGGAGAGAACCACUGGAUGAGAUGAUGGAGAUGGUUGUGAAGCUGUUUGCUCAGGUAGAGAAUAAGAACGUGCCCAUCCCGGAUUUCCCUGAGCACCCCUUUCAGGAGGAGCACCUCAAGCUGAUAUACAAGGUGGUGCCUGUAAAGGACAUCCGGAACCUCUAUGUAACGUUUCCUAUCCCGGACCUGCAGCCACAUUACAAGUCCAACCCUGGCCACUAUCUGGGCCACCUCAUUGGCCAUGAAGGGCCAGGGAGUUUGUUGUCGUUCCUGAAGACCAAAGGCUGGGUGAACAUGCUCGUCGGAGGACAAAAGGGUGGCGCUCGCGGGUUCAUGUUCUUCAUCAUCAACGUGGACCUCACAGAGGAAGGACUCGAGCACGUUGACGAAAUAGUGCUGCACAUGUUUCAGUACAUCAACAUGCUGCGGAAGGAAGGACCAGUCCAGUGGAUUUUUGAGGAAUGCAAGGACCUCGGAACGAUGGCGUUCAGAUUUAAGGACAAAGAGCGGCCCCGCAACUACACAUCACACAUCACCGGCUUGCUACACUACUACCCUAUACGGGAGGUGCUCGCUGCAGAGUACCUGCUGGAGGAGUUCCGGCCGGACCUCAUUGAAAUGCUGCUGGACAAGUUGCAACCGCACAACAGCAGGAUUGCUGUCGUAGCAAAGGCGUUUGAAGGGCACACUGACCAGGUGGAGCGGUGGUAUGAGACCCAGUACAAGCAGGAGAGCGUCUCGGAAGAAACCUUUACGAAGUGGCAGAAUGCUGGUCUCAAUGAGCACUUCACUCUUCCCAUGAAGAACGAAUUCAUCCCGACCAUCUUCGACAUCCUGCCGCUGAAGGAAGAGAACACCCACCCCUACCCGCAGCUCAUUAAGGAUUCUGCCAUGAGCAAGCUGUGGUUCAAACAGGACGACACCUUUCACUUGCCCAAGGCCUGCCUCAACUUUGAGUUCUUUAGUCCCUUCGCGUACGUGGACCCGCUGCACUGCGACAUGGCCUACCUGUACGUGGAGCUACUCAAAGACUCGCUCAACGAGUACGCCUAUGCGGCCGAUCUCGCGGGCCUCAGCUACACCCUGCAGAAUACCGUCUACGGCAUCCACUUGUCAAUCAAAGGUUACCAAGACAAGCAGCCUCUGCUGCUCAGGAAGAUUAUCGAGAAGAUGGCAACAUUUGAAAUUGAUGAGAUGCGAUUUGAAAUCAUCAAGGAAGCGUACCUGCGGUCUCUGAGCAACUUCCGCGCCGAGCAGCCACACCAGCACGCCAUGUACUACCUGCGUCUUCUCAUGACAGAACUGGCCUGGACUAAGGAGGAGCUUCGCGAUGCACUUGAAGACGUCACCGUAUCCUGCCUACAGGCAUUCGUGCCGCAGCUGCUGUCCAGGUUGCACAUGGAGUGCCUCUUUCAUGGGAACGUGGAUAAGGAGGGUGCCCUGGAGACGAUGGCCAUGGUGGAGGACACGCUGGUACGGUUGGCUCACAGCAAGCCACUGCUACCCAGCCAGCUCACACGCCACCGUGAGGUGCAGCUGCCCGACGGCCGUUGGUUCGUGUACCAGAGGCGUAACGAGGUGCACAACAACUGCGGGAUCGAGAUCUACUACCAGACGGACCUGCAGACAACGCACGACAACAUGCUGCUUGAGCUCUUCUGCCAGAUCGUGUCGGAGCCCUGCUUCAACACCCUGCGCACCAAGGAGCAGCUGGGCUACAUCGUGUUCAGCGGGCCGCGGCGGUCGAGCGGCGUGCAGGGCCUACGCUUCAUCAUCCAGUCGGAGAAGCAGCCGCACUACCUGGAGAGUCGCGUGGAGGCGUUCCUGCACGCCAUGGGGCGGCACGUGGCCGACAUGACGCCCGACGCUUUCGCCAAGCACGCGAGCGCCCUCGCCGUGCGCCGCCUCGACAAGCCCAAGAAGCUGAGCACCGAGUGUGGCAAGCACUGGGGAGAGAUCAUCUCGCAGCAGUACAACUUCGACCGAGACAACAUUGAAGUAGCUCAUUUGAAGACACUGACCAAGGAUGACGUCUUUAAGUUCUACCAGGAGCUCCUGUCGGUUGACGCAGCUCGACGCCACAAGAUCUCUGUCCACGUGCUGUCACGCGAGAUGGAAUCCUGUCCUGUCGUCGGAGAGUUCCCGUGCCAGAAUGAUGUGAGCCUCACACCCGCACCACCUUUGCCCCAGCCUACAGUGAUCGAGGACACCAACGACUUCAAGCGAGGCCUCCCCCUCUUCCCACUCGUAAAGCCGCUCUACGGCAAGAUCACGGCCAAGCUGUGAGGGGCGCAGCAGAGCCUGCCACUGCAUGUGGCACCCAUGCAGGGCUCGUCAGAUGGUGCUCCCACCUGGAAAGUCUGGUGGCCGUUUCAGCCCCACGUCUGAAAGGUUUGGUGCAGGGGUUUUGACUGGUGAUACUUUGAAAUCGGGGUGGGAUAAGCAAGCAUUUAAAGGCAACACGUUCCAGGGUCACAAACAUGGUUUUUCAUAGGAUGUCAAUAACAGUUAUAUUGGAUAUCACCACAAGCAGUUCCAGAAAAACGAAAUACUAAACUGCCCCCACCCAUUUAGAAACAUUUACUCCAUGGUCAAAUAAGACAAUUGUUUCCCAUCAGCUUAAUGGUAAAAUGGGCAACUAGGAAUUGUAUUGAUGGUCUGCUUAUGAUGGCAGCAUGAAUUAGCAUGAAAUAGUAAAUGGCUAGAAUGCCCCUUGGAAUAGAAAGGCCCUCUACCCGUUGUGAUGUAAACAUGAGCUGAACAUAAGACCCUUUCCAUUUUUCCCUGUUACUGCAGUUUGACCUAAACAUUUGACCAGAAGUUACACAGCAUGACAUUGGUUUGGCACUAUGAGCACCUGCACUUAGGUCCAAAGGGUAAGCCAGGGCAUCUGCAACAUACCGACCCGUUUGAGGAAUACAGGUCUGCUGCCUGUAACCAAAAGCAGUGGCAGCAUGGUAGGAAUUAAAGAGAUGUCCACCACCAUCACACGUCAGCUGGUCAGUUAGCACUGCUAAGUGAAUUACUCAGGUCAUUACUGAAGUAGCAACCUGUACUUAUUUCCCAGUACAGUAAAACCUUGGAUUGUGAGUAACUUGGUCUGCGAGUGUUUUGCAAGAUGAGCAAAUUUUUAAAAUAAAUAUUUGAUAAACGAGCGAGGUCUUGCAAUACGAGCAGUAGGGUAUACGCUUUGUCUGCCGAGUGUCACGUGAUCACAACUGAUAUACGAGUGCUUUGGAUUACAAACACGUUUCCGGAACGGAUUAUGCUCGCAAUCCAAGGUUUUACUGUACAUCGGUUUUCCUUUUGUUUGGCUAUGAAUGCAACUUACAUUUGUGUGUUAAGUUUUAAGUCUGAGUUAAACAUGAAUGCAGUACUUCACAAAACCUUUUCUAUUCGUCCGUGGCGGUGAUGGCCCCAUUGGACGAGUUGCGUUUCUAAAAAGCAAUACCAAUUAAACCUUUGCAAGUGGUACUGGUGAGGCUAAAACACUGUCCGCAACAUCUCCCUUUCGUGUGCAGAUGGCCUGUCUUCAUGCAACCCAUGUGGCUACAGUAAUAAUAAUGUGGCUCAGCCUGUUAAUGGUUCUCUAGCACGUUGUCAUGCUGCGUCUUUUUUUGCAAACAGCUUAACAGACCAUUAGCGUGUGUGGGCAGUGUCCAAAUUAUUUUGAAAAAAAUACAUUAUCAAGCAUAAAGAUUUAAAAGUAUGCUCUGUGCAAAUAUCACAUAAUCAGUAUCAAGCAGUCCAUACCAUUAAUCUGUACAUGAUUGGCAUGCAAAUACAGCUGUGGUGUUCAAACAUUGCUACGCUCACCAGGCCCUAGUGCCGAACCCAAACCCUUCACAUUAACAUUUGCCCGUAGCCUUUACAUUUAUCACAGAAGUGUGAAAUGUUCCAUACUAGAUGAGCAGUCAAAAUGCUGAAAAAGUGAGAUGGUAAUCAAAAUGCCAACCUAAUAUUCAAUUUAUAUUAAAGGCCCAUUUAUAUGUAGAGUAAUACCAAUAUAAAUGAUAAUGGGGCUUGAGAGGGCUGAGAUAUUGCAAGGUAAAGUCGGCACUUUUAACAUGUUAUUAAAACCAGCGAUGAACCCUUGUUCAGUUUCACUUCUCAUGGUCCUUAAGAAGUGAAAUACCUCCGAUUCAUAAAAAAAUUUACAUCUUGCACAAGGCUGUCAAAACAUAGUUUUGCAAACUUGUGUCUAUACAAGUCAGCCGUGUUAAGCUAUUAUACCUGUUUAUAACUUUAAAAGGUAGCAAUUUAAAUUUUUAGAUAGCAAUAGUUUUUUAAUUAACAGUAAUGCCCUCCUCCUUGCCUAGAUACCCCAAGAACUCACCCCAGGCAGGAGAUUGGGAAUCUGUGCAGGCUCUUAAAUCUGUCAUUGAAUAAAAAAAUACACAUAUCAAACCAUCCUGCACAUGAACAAGGACGUAGAUUGUAGUUAAAUAAUGAGCCUUUUUGCUUCACAAACAUUUCAGCACUCCAUGUGCUAAUUAAGUCGGUCACCAUUCUUUACCCACCCCCCAGCAUAGCACCAUCAUUUUUUAAACUUGCUGCACCACAUUUAAACAAGUCAGAACAGUUGGAUGUGCAUCGUAUCCGUGCAUUUCCGGACAAGUUUUGAAAUACAGUCGUCUUCUACCUGGUUUAACCUCUGCAUUGAUGUUCUAGGCUAAAUAAUUGCGUGUCCAUUCACUACAUUAGCAAUCUUACUCAAAUAAGCACACCACUUAAUAUUCGAAUAUUGAGUUUCCUGAUAGUAAAGCAAUUUGGCCAUUUCAUGUCUUUAACAAUGCUCUUCAGGAACACACCACCAAUAACCACGUUUAUCUAUUGCUGCUCAUGAAAGUAUUUGACUAAAUAUGAAGACCAGGUACAAUGCCAAUUAACAUGCAGUAGAAAAAAAAUCUGCAAUGUGCAAUCAUUUAACUGAUAAAACCAAGAAUUCUGAGCAAGUGAACAAUGGAUGCAUGUUAAACUAUGGUCUGGUGAGUGGAAAUCACAGUUGUGCCACUACCCAUCUGUCUUGUCUUCACUGAGGUGCACAAAUUCCCCCAAUAAAACCAAAGCCGAAGUCUUCAAACCAGAGUGCUGUGACCAACGGCAUGUGCACAGCCUACAAGACAUCACUGCACACGUGGAAUAUAGCUUGGCCCAGCCAAGUGCCAUCUGUUGAAGGCAUGACCACUCACACCAUCUGGCUCUGCCAAUACCAAGCCAGUCUGAGGGAGAUAAGAAUUAAAAAAUUAAUGUUUUAUUUUAAGUUGUUACACGAAAGAUUUUUUGAAAUGUUUAAAUAAAAAAUAAAAUCUAAUUUGUUCAUUUGUACAUCUUCAUAUUUAAAACUAUGACAUGUGUGAUGUAAACUACAGCUACUGCAGUUGUAUUUAUUAUACAAAAAGUACUAAUCUUUGGGAUGUAAUUUCUUAAAGUUGCAAAUUAGUUUUACCACAUGACAUCACCACGAUCUCAGGUGAAUGUACACUAUUAACCAGUUCUGUACUAUACAAAGUGUGAAUAAAUUACCACACACA